AUAUGUGUCCGGUGCUAUCUACAUCAGUUUUUUAACCGUAGCCGUCCGAUCAACAAUAGACAUCUGAAGUUGCUACCCUUAGCUCGUACGCGAGCGAAGGAAGUAGAACUCUCUGGUGUGCGGUGUGUGAAGGGAGGAGUAGAAAUAUCUAGACCCUGGAGCUACGACUCGUCAUCAAUUCUGGUAGCAAGCCCUCCACCAGCACUGCAACUAAUUUCCCAGGCUUCAACAAAAUCAUCCGUCAAACAUCCACAGAUUAGAAGAUCUUUCAGAAGCUAUCUAAGGUAUGUUUGAUUUGCUGUGUUUUUCUGCAUCUGUUCUUCUUCGGCACCAAUUUCUCCCCAAACACGACGGCAGGCAAGGACGACGCGUACCUGCCUUCCACCGCCUAUCCACUGGCAGCUAAAGCCGACGCGUACGCACCUCCCAUCGGCCAGACCUGCGACAAAACCCGCGUACUUCACCAUUCCAUAGCUCCAGCAGACCAGCACCACCAACGCAGCUGAAAGCAAAGGCAGCAGCAAGCCUUUUGCACCACCACACCUCCGCCAGAAGAAGAUGGAGUCGCUGCCAGAGCCGCAUGCCGAGACGGUCUUCCGCUCGAAGCUCCCAGACAUCUCCAUCCUGGACCACCUCCCGCUCCACGACUACGUCUUCGAGCGCCUGGCAGACCGCCGCGACCGCGCCUGCCUUAUCGACGGUGACACGGGCGAGACGCUCACGCUCGGCGACGUGGACAGCCUGUGGCGCCGCGUGGCGGCUGGGAUGCACAGCUCCCUCGGCGUCAGAAGCGGCAGCACGGUCAUGUGAUAGAAUAUGCUAUUGUUAGUUUGGUAUGAUUAGAUUGUAUCUAUUCCUAACCAACCGAGUAUCACGUAUAUAUGUAAAUCUAUCUGCAACUGAUUCUGUUUUGGAGUAUAUAAAGAAACGAUGCCACACCACGUCUGGUGAUUGAGCAUCUUCUCCUCAAACCAAUCUACUCUAUU